CACGCAUACGUACUUCACACAUCAGUCACGAGCAACACACUUAUCGCAACCUGCAGCACGGCCAUCGUCAUCCCUCCCUCACUUUUCCACGCAUGCUCUCGCCUUUUCCCCCUUUGGUACCGACAACGUCGACUGAAACUUGCCUUACCUCUGAAGUGCUUGACUUUUUUGCCUCGAACCCGAUUCCGACCUUGAUAGCCAUGUCCUAGACGGCGUUCCACAAACAAGAUCCCAAAUCCUACGCCGCGUAACGGGCCGCAGGCAGUCAUGAUGGCGGGCGGCACUGGCGAGAAGCUCACCACGGCGACCAUCAUCGUUGCUGGCGUCGCCGCUCUGAUAGCCACGUUUCUGUCGGCUGUGUCCAUUUUCCUCCAAGCGAAAAACUACCGAAAACCACUCCUCCAGCGAUACGUUGUCCGGAUCCUACUCAUGGUCCCCAUUUACUCGAUCGCGUCCUGGACAAGCAUGAUCUCUAUCAAAGCCGCCUCUUUCCUUGACCCCGUCCGAGAUAUCUAUGAGGCCUUUACCAUCUAUACCUUCUUCCAGCUCCUCAUCAACUAUCUUAGCGGAGAACGAGCCCUGAUCAUCAUGACCCACGGCCGCGAACCAGUUUCCCAUCUGUGGCCUCUCAACCAUGUGCUGCCACGCGUAGACAUAUCGGACCCUCACACGUUCCUGGCAAUCAAGCGUGGCAUCCUUCAGUACGCAUGGCUGAAGCCCAUUCUGGCCUUAGCUGCAGUCAUUAUGAAGGCCACGGGAACCUAUCAGGAGGGUUACAUUGGCGUCGAAUCGGGCUACCUCUGGAGCGGUAUUAUCUACAACAUCAGUGUGACGGUGAGCCUGUACUCCCUUGGUCUGUUCUGGGUUUGUAUGCACAACGACCUUUUGCCCUUCCGCCCCGUACCCAAGUUCCUGUGCAUCAAACUCAUCAUCUUCGCCUCUUACUGGCAAGGAUUUUUUCUUUCUAUUCUUGUCUGGCUGGGUGCUAUUCCAGACAGCGUCGAGGGAUAUACCCCCGACAACCUGGCCGCUGCUAUUCAAGAUGCGCUUAUUUGUAUCGAGAUGCCGGCUUUCGCCAUCGCUCACUGGUACGCCUUCUCGUGGCACGAUUUUGCCGACAAUAGCAUCUCAUCCGCGAGAAUGCCUGUCAAAUUCGCCCUGCGCGAUGCAUUUGGCAUUAGGGAUCUCAUCGAAGACUCAAAAGAGACGUUCACCGGCGACAAGUACGGAUACCGCUUUUUCGACUCGGGAGACAAAAUUAUGGCACAUGAGGAGUCGCGUGCUAGACUAGGCAGGCUCGACGAAGGCAUGCGGUACACCAGGGGCGGUAAAGCGAAGUAUUGGAUUCCGACACCCGGUCAGGUGGACCGUCAGACGAACCGUGACUUGAAUGAGCGGGAUCCUUUACUUCAGGGAACUGCGGGCGGGCCGAGCGAGGAGUACAACUACGCCAACGGCACCUUUAACGAAGAUCUCGCCAACGACCCGCAGAUAGAUUCUGACGACGAACGGCUCUUUGACAAAGCACGCGAGCUAGAGUUUGGCGACUGGAACUAUCCCGUCAUUACUGCGAAUGAGCCGUUGAGCAAGCGGUAUAUGUCCUCUCAGGGAAGCCUGGGCUUCCAUUCCGACCCCCGAUCGACGGUCGAACGUCUGCGGGUAUCAGCACGAAACAGCGAGCCGGCUGUCGUUGCCAGCAAAAAGAAGAAGAAGAAGCAGAAGCAACUCGCAGCCGAGACUCCGGGUGCGACAUCGUCACCAGAUCGUUCUGGGUCUGGCUCUUCGUCGAAGCCGCAUAGUCCGGCCCCUCGGCCCGCAAAGCCCGCCGCCGAGACCGAGGAAGACACUGAGCCACGGCCGAGCACUCAGAGGCAACACAGUCAUCCAGAGGAAUCUCCUCUUCUGCAGGAGGCCAUGACAUCCCCAUGGGCUGAGAGCGAGCAAGAAGACGACUUCAACAAGAACUUUGGCGUGGGAGACGACGAAGAGUUCAAGAACGUGUGGAGCGGGAGCGAGCCGUCACAGUCCCGUUGACGGAGUGUGUGCAAUCAGAGCGCUGCUUUGUUUAUUUCGAGGUUGAUACCCUUACCCUCGUGUUCCAUGUUUAAGCAAUACUGGCAUAGCGAGGAGUUUGUGGGGAAAUACGAGUGCGUGUCUUCAAAAAGUUGACUUGUCGGGGGUUUCGUUGUGUAGCAGGCGAAUCAAUAGAAGCGAAAGAAAUGGCUUGAAUAUACUACGUGCCGUAUGCUUGAUGUUCUUCGCGCUUCCUGCCGUCAUGGUUUCCUGAUCGUUCUGUGGAUCCGAUCACAUGUCGAACCCAAGGCCAUAAUUUAACAGUAAUCCGAGAGCCUGCUUCUCUU